AUGAGCGAUGUAUCAGAGAAGAGUAGACGCAGCGGUAGCAGCGUGCGGCGGCAGCGCUCCAUCUACCAGGUGCACUACUGCAUGCGGCGCCAGGACGCCGACAUGACGGCCAGGCCACUGCUCAUGCCCACCAGCCCGCUAGAAGUCCAGGCCUACGCGCGCCAGGUGGCCGGACACAGGAAGACCGAGGAUACUAAGUACUUAGGUCUCCUCCAAUGCAACAAUGGCACGAUAAUGAAACCUAUCAUAAAAGAGUCUCAGAAGCGAGAGGUGGACUUCUACGAGCACCUGAAGACUAGCUCAGACGCUGAGCUGCAGGAGCUGCGGGGGCUAGUGGCGAAAUACUUCGGCAACAGAAAGUACACGUACAAUGGGUUCGAGCAGGAUUACAUCAUACUGGAGGACCUAACUGAGAGGAUGCUGGAGCCCUGUAUUAUGGAUGUUAAGAUUGGCAAGAGAACAUGGGACCCGCUGGCCACGGAGGAGAAGAUAAAGAACGAGCAGAGCAAGUACGCGGCAUGCAAGCAGCAGUACGGGUUCUGUAUCCCAGGGUUCCAGGUGUACAGACUCAGUACUGGCAAGCUCUGCAAGUAUAACAAGGACUACGGGAAGCGGCUGCACGGACAUGCUGUUAAAGAAGCAAUCCGCAACUACCUGAACGGUAUAGGAGCGACGUUAUGCCGUGCCUUACUGCUGCAGUUUCUAUCAGAAUUGUGGAAGAUACAGAAAUGGUCGCGUCGGCAGACGGCGGUGCGGCUGUACAGCGCCUCCUUGUUGCUGGUGUACGACGCCGCCAGGCUGAGGGACUGCUGCCAGAGCAAGGAACUCACAGCCCGCGCGGGCUGCCGGCCGGCCACGGUCCCCCGGCGGCGCCACUCCCUGCACAGCGUGGGCUCGGGCUCCAACUUCAGCGGACAGAUCACUUCCAAAGGCCCCGUCUACAAGAAACUACAAUCCGUCCCACUCUCACCUAUGUCUCUGUCUCACUCUAGCUUCUCACCCCCACCGCCCAUCAACUCCCCAUGGUCUGAAGCUCUCGCCAGCUUCAACCACAACCACUCCUUUGAACACAACUACGAGAAUAAACUGUCCAAAAUAAAGAUGAACUACAGAGCCAUGUUGGACCAGUUGUCGUACGACUCUCCUACUCCUAACCCCUGGGGCACCGUCAAGGUCAUUGACUUUGCCCACGCUUUCUUUAAUAGCGAGGAAGAAAAGCAAAUCGAUGAAAAUUUCAGAGAAGGCAUUGAGAACUUUGUUGAAAUAUUCGAAUGUUUUCUGAGAGAAACUGAUGAUCAAGUUCUAUGA